UCUUUCUUCUCAGAAUUUUGUCCUUAUGGAAAGGUGCUUAAUGGAAAAGCACAGGGAUGGUAAAGAACUUUCUCAUGGGCAAUAAUCUAAACUAUUGGACGAAGACAUGACCUCAUAACAUCAGGAGAUACUGCCAGGGUGGGCAACCAGCAACUGGCUACAAUACCUUGACAGGCAUCUAGAGCAGAAGAUGAAUGGACUUAAUGGCCAAGAUGCCGAUGUUUCAGACCUCAGCAAUGCAGAGGGCCAGCACUUUCUAAGUGAGGCUUUCAAAGUUAUCUUUGAGGAGGCCGUUUGUAAAGGCACAGAUGUGAAUGAGAAGGUGUGUGACUGGCAUGAUCCAGAGCAGCUUCAGAAGCUGCUGGAUUUGGAGCUGAGAGACAGUGGAGAGUCACAUGAGCAGCUGCUCUCAAGAGUCCGAGAUGUCGCCAGAUACAGUGUCAAGACCAGCCAUCCACGGUUCUUUAAUCAGCUAUUUUCUGGACUUGACCACCAUGCCCUGGCUGGUCGACUCCUGUCAGAAACGCUCAAUACAAGCCAAUACACAUACGAGGUGGCCCCAGUGUUUGUUCUGAUGGAGCAUGUGGUUCUCACCAAACUCAUCUCACUGGUGGGCUGGCCCAGUGGCGACGGCCUCUUCUGUCCAGGUGGCUCUAUGUCCAACAUAGUUGCCAUGAAUGUGGCACGUUACCAUGCCUUUCCUCAAGUCAAACAGCAAGGACUCUGGGCUCUGCCACGGCUUGCUCUCUUCACCUCCCAAGAAUGUCAUUAUUCUGUGAUGAAGGGAGCAUCUUUCUUGGGCAUAGGGACUGACAAUGUGUUUUAUGUGGAAACAGAUCAGAGUGGUUCCAUAGACCCAAAGGACCUUGAAGGAAAAAUCAUGCUUGCCAGAUCACAGGGCGCAGUCCCUUUCUUUGUGAGUGCAACAUCAGGCACAACAAUACAUGGAGCUUUUGAUCCCCUGGAAGCUAUAGCCGACAUCUGUGAAAAGCAUCGCUUAUGGAUGCAUGUGGAUGCUGCUUUUGGCGGUAGUGUGCUCUUCUCUGAAAAGCAUAAGCAUCUUGUGAAAGGAAUCGAAAGAGCCAACUCAGUGACUUGGAACCAACAUAAAUUGCUGACAACAGGUCUGCAGUGUUCUGCAUUCCUUGUUAGGGACACUACGAAUCUGCUUCAGAAAUGUCAUUGUGCCAAUGCCACAUACUUGUUUCAACAAGAUAAGUUCUAUGACAUGAGCUUGGACACAGGCGACAAGACUAUCCAGUGUGGUCGAAAAGUGGACUGUCUGAAACUAUGGCUGAUGUGGAAAGCAGUUGGCACCAAAGGCCUUGCAAAGAGGGUAGAGAGAUCCCUUUCCCUGACAAGAUACCUUGCAGAAGAAAUCAAGAAAAGAGAGGGAUUUCAACUGUUAACUGAGCCACAAUUUGUGAAUACUUGCUUCUGGUACAUACCACCCAGUCUGAGGGGGAAGGAGAACAGUGCCGAUUACAAAGACAGACUGUCAAAGGUGGCCCCAGCCAUAAAGGAAAAAAUGAUGAAGGAGGGAACAAUGAUGGUGGGAUAUCAACCACUGAAUGAGCAUGUCAACUUCUUCCGCAUGAUUGUCGUCUCUCCACAGACCUCUCAAAGAGACAUGGAUUUUUGUCUUGAUGAAAUAGAGAGACUUGGGAAAGAUCUGUAACAGGAAUAUUUGAAACGCCACAUAAGUAACCCACAUUAAGCUAUAACGAUUGCGCCUGGGUUUUCUUUUUUUGUCUAUAUAGCAGGGUUUUCAAAGUGUGCCAGGGGUGCCGUGGCGCAAGCUCAAGGGUGGCAUGGAAUCGUCCAAGGCUUAAUAAUUUAUUGACCUAGUAGACAUAAUAUCAAUUUCAAAAUACAGUUGUGAUAUUUUGAAACUUAAUUACUGAUAUUUCUGUUCAUAGUCUGUUCACUAUUUUUUAUGCUAUUAAAUUAGUUGAAUUAAA